AUGGGCACCUAUGGGCAUACCACAGAGAAGCCAGAGCUGGGAUUGGGGAACGUGCAGCCCGGCUCGAAUCCGGAUUGGGUUGACACAUUCUUGAGGCCCUGGCUUUGGAAGCUGUACCGGAAGCUCACCCCUGACAUCAAAGCUGACAUCAAGAAGCGGAAGAGGCUUUCGGAUCAUGAGAUGGUGAAGGUGACAUUUGUCGAGGGCCAACGGAAGGUGACGGGUGGCAAAGACCUGACAUCCUCCAGUGCCUAUCCUGCCGACUUUGGGAAGGUGGUAUGUGCCCUUCACUCUGAGUGGCUGGCUACUGACCCGGAAAUGCCAGACCUCGCUAUGCUUUUGCAAUUUGGGUACCAGGAUCCUGGUGGGGACUGGAGCCACGCGGACCUCGAGACCAUCAAGACGUUCUUGGAGGAGGCCAUUACUGAGGGGGAAUUCCGCCCCAAUGGUGAGAGCUUCGAUAUCGAGGCCGAAAUGCAGCAGAUCUACUUGUGGCAUGCAAUGCUAGGUGAUGCUUCCUCGGUGCCCGAGCAACCAGCCGAGGUGCCAGGCAACCCUAGGAAGGACUUGUCCGGUGAGUUUGCCAAAGCUGCUUCUGACAAAGCUGCUGGUGCUCUUAUGGCUUCCCCUCAAAUCAAGAGCCCGUUCCACAAGAAGAUUAAGCUCGACGAUCACCUGGAAACCCUCACUGACAAUGCUUUGGCGGAGACCCAGCCGGACGAGUUUGUUGGCGAUCAAAAGCCCUCCCUGCCGAAGCCCCCUCUGUUCUCAGAUGUGCAGAGAAAGCCUGAAUCCCCGAUGCCUGAGUCCGAACCCCGUUCUAAGACCUCGGACAUCUCAGCACAGGCUACAGCAGAGGAAUCCCAAGGCAAUGGGCCCCCAGAAGCAGCCAAGAUCUCCGUUGAUCCCCCCGAAGCUCCUGAUCACAAGAAUAAGGGAACUCCGAAGCAGAACCCUAGUGAGGGCACACCAGCAGAGGCUACAGCAAAGGAAUCCCGAGGCAAUGAGUCCCAGAAGCAGAAUCCUGAUCCCCCUGGUCCCAAUGACAGCCGGGUUGGUGCACCUGUAGCGGAGCACGCAGCUCAAGUGGCACUUGACCUUGUUGCACAUGGCCGUAUGCCAAGGCAUGUGGAUACACAGGAUACCAUCCCCCUCAACCGUGGGCACUCGAUUGUGUCUGACUUUCAGCAGGCUAUGGUGUUGGGUCACACGGCCGACCCUGUGCUAGACAUGGCACACACUCUCCAAGCGCGGGGCAACAUAGACAUGUUUGUUCCAGCCGAGUCUACCUGUCUGGACAUGCAGCAAAGCCCGGGCAAGCUUUCAGAGUGGGUUUAUCGGCACGGUGAUGCCGAUGCUUCAGGGAGGGCCUUCGAGGUUCUCAAGUGGACUCGACUGGUUGCUGCCAAGUACAACGGGGCUUUUGAGGCUCAGGACAGUGGAUCCGGACCAUUGGCUAGAAGCCUUCACGAGACGUGUCUUUCCAUGCUAGGCUUGCAGAAGGAGUACGAGGAAGCUAAGGCUCUAUUCCUCAAGUACAGCAACAUCAUCGUGAAUGUUGGUGCUACCAAAAAGCAGCAAGUGCAAGGCAAGGGCUUCUCGGCGGAGGUCACGCAGAGCAAGCUUGACCAGAUCGACAAGUGGGUUAGUCAGAAGCUGGAUGAGAAGGACCUCUCCCAGCAGGAGGUGUGCAAGAAACUGGAUGGUUAUGUUGCCACCUUCUCUGAGACAGUCCUGAUGCUUGUUGCAAACGCCGAGUCCGAGUACCAGAGCACAAACAACAGUAGCCUACCCGAAGAGGACGAGGAGGCUUUGUGUAUGGACUUGGACAAUCAUCUAAACCUGCAGCUGCAGGAGAAGGAGGUGCCUCCACCUUCUGACACUGCCAGCACGUCUGCCCUUGCAUCGCCCGCUGCGAUGCCACGUGCCGAGAACCCACCGGAGAGCACAGAGGCUGCAGUGCCCACGAAGCCUUCUCCAAAGCAGGAGCUCCGCAAAACGAAGGUCGAGCCUCAGGAGUUUCAGACGGAGGAGGAGCGCUUGGCGUGGGAGGCCAAGGAAGCCAAACGACUCAGACACAAUGCCCGUGUCCGCUUCGACAGUGCGGACUGUCCGCCGGUGGUCCUCGAGAAAUUGGGGGAGCUCCAGGGACAACCCAAUCGCCUCAAAACACUUUCUGUGUGGUUUCAGCAGUGGCUUGAAGCCGAUGAAGACUGGGCGAAGACUCAGCUCGUGAUUGAUGCGGUUCGUGUGAAUGAAGAAUCGAUCAAAGCCAACGAAUGCAUGAAGACGUUCAAGACUCUCGUCGAGCUUCACGGCAAGAAGGUGGCGAUUGAGUUCGAGCUCAGCGAGACCAACAAGACCAGUGCAGGCUUCCACUCCGAAGGCAACAUUUCGUCCCAGGCUGCAGGCCAGCUUGCGCCGAUCUUGAUGCCGAACAAUGCUGCUACCGGUGGCACUGGUCGGGAUGUCCUGUCCAUGCUCCAGAAGAGCAGCUCCACCGAUUCCUUGAAGGGCGGACAGAAAGGGGAGGGCAAGGGCGAGAAGCUGACAAAAGUGAACCCCAACAGUGUUGCAAAAAAACUGAAUGUGAAGAUACAAGCACUGGCCAGCAAGAUGACCGAGAUUAUAGUCUGGUCUACGGAAUUGUCCGACUCAUCCCUGUCACAGAAAGCGAAGGACAACUACCAGGAGGAGCUGGAUGGCCACAAGAACCAGUUCAGUCGCAUCAAAGGGGAACUCGAGGGUUUGUACAGCAUUCACAACAAAACGAAGGAUGUUGACAUGAGUGAGGAAACCAAAGACAGCAUUCAGAGCUUGCUUGAACGUGCAGAUGCAGUGGUGACAAACUUCACGGGAGCCAUGAAGCCUCUGAAGAUGACUCUGGAGCCUUUAAUGCAGAGAGCCCUGUACGUGUGUGUGUGUGCAUCAAGCGCUAGGCAACCCCUGAGACACAUGUACAUGUACAUAUAUCAUUUUAAACUGAUGAUAUAA